CUGUCUGACUUUAUGCUCCCACCCCUACUUUAUAGUGUCAAUGUCCAAAAUCAAAUCCCCCAUUUCCCAUUUUAUUUCUCUCUCAUUCCACCAUGUCCUUCCUCUUCCUUUUCCUGCUCUCCUUGGCUCCCCUCUUCCACUCUUCCUCCCCUUUGCCCUACCCUUACAACACUAGCUUCCACAUUGACUGCGGCAGUUCCACUCCUUCCACCGACUCCUACAACAUCUCUUGGCUACCCGACAAAUUCUUCACUGGCGGCUCCACCUCCGUGGUCUCCGAGCCCCUACAUUUCCAUCUUCAACACGAAAAGACUCUCCGUUACUUCCCACUGUCCUCCGGUAAGAAGAAUUGCUACAAUAUCCCCCUUCCUGCUGGCCGUUACUACAUCCGUACUUUUACCGUUUACGACAACUACGACGGCAAAUCCCAUUCCCCUUCCUUCGACGCUUCUGUCGAGGGCACUCUCGUCUUUUCCUGGCGCUCUCCUUGGCCCGAAUCUCUCACUCGAGAUGGCGCUUACUCCGAUCUCUUUGCCUUCGUCAAAGACGGUCAACUCGAUUUAUGUUUUUACAGCAUUGCCACUGACCCUCCCGUCAUCGCUUCUCUCGAAGUCGUCCAGAUCGACCCUUUGUCAUAUAACUCCGCCCAAACCGGCGACAGCUACAUUCUAGUCAACUAUGGGCGACUCUCUCCCGGCUCAUCACAAUGGGGACCCGGUUUCACAUCCGACCCGGACGCCUUCGGCCGCUCCUGGCAAUCCGAUUCCGAUUACCGAGCCGGAAAGUCGGAAUCCGCUAAAGUCAUAACCACUAAAGAAAAAAUAACCGGUACCGAGAAAGCGCCGAAUUACUUUCCCAUGAAAUUGUACCAAUCGGCGGUGACAAUUGAGGGACGUCUGGAAUACGAAUUACCAGUGGAUGCAAAGCUUGAUUAUUUGGUGUGGUUUCAUUUUGCGGAGAUCGAUUCGACGGUUAAAAAGGCAGGGGAGAGAGUGUUCGAUGUGCUGGUCAACGAUAAGAAUGUGAGUAGAGUGGAUAUAUUCAAGGAAGUUGGGAGCUUUGUGGCCUAUAGUUUAAAUUAUACGGAGAAGAAUUUGAGCAGUUCUGUGUUGAAUGUGAAGCUGUCGCCUGUGGCAGGGGCUCCGUUGAUCUGUGGGCUUGAAAAUUACGCCAUGGUUCCAGCUGAUUUGGCCACGGUUCCUGAACAAGUGGUCGCAAUGAAAGCAUUGAAAGAUUCACUCUGUGUUCCUGACCGAAUGGGUUGGAAUGGUGAUCCAUGUGCUCCUACUGAUUGGGAUGCUUGGGAAGGAGUUACAUGUCAUACUAACAAGAAUGGAACUGGCCUUGUCAUUACUCAAAUAGAACUUGGAAGUCAAGGCCUGAAGGGUUAUAUCAGUGAGCAGAUUAGUCUCCUGUCAAACUUGAUUAAUCUGAACUUGAGUACUAAUUCUUUGGAUGGCACUCUACCAAUUGGGCUUGGACAAAAAUCCCUUGCACGACUGGAUUUAUCCGAUAAUCAAUUCUCUGGUUCCAUACCGGAAAGUUUAACAUCUUCAAAUCUGCAGCUUGUGAGGCUUAACAAUAACUUAUUGGAAGGGAGAGUUCCGGAAGAACUUUACUCUGUUGGUGUGCACGGAGGGACUAUUGAUCUUUCUGGUAACAAAGGCUUGUGUGGAGUUCCUCCUUUACCGGAUUGCCCCCUUUUUUGGGAGAAUGGUCGCUUGUCAAAAGGUGGUAAAAUUGCAAUAGGCCUAUCAUGCUUCCUUUUUGUUGCUGUGCUGCUGCUGGUGAUCUACUUAUUCUGUAUCAGGCGGGGUAGAAAUGAUUAUGAUUUUGGUUUACCUUCAGAUUUAAUAUCACUUGCUGCGAAGAGGAACAGGUAUCAAAGACAGAAGUCAUUGAUGCUGCUUGAAAUGGAGAGUCAGCACGCCAAGGGGUUGCCAUCAGUUCCCCUCAACCCCCAUUAGUAGUCAAACAGCCAGCUUUGGAAAGGAGACGUUACUGGUUUUCGUAGUUUUCCACUCACACAUGAAGAGGGCAUAUAUAUAUAUAGAUUAGAGGGGGCGCAUGCAAAUGAAAUGCAGUGCAGUUAUAUAGGGAAUACCAUAAAAUAAAACACGUGAAUGAAUUUCUAUACUGAAAAAGGAAAGAAAAAGACAAAAAAACCAAGAGUUGGUGGAUUUGGAUUUGACCAACGAAAUGGGGCCUUAGAAAGUCGCAUUCGCUGUUGAAAUGCAUUGUAUCUCAAUUCGCCUUAUAGUUUUUCCCAUUGAUCAACAAAAGGGUAUAAGGUGGUCAGUGUAUGUGUUAGUCAUAACCCUUUUUUUGUGUGUGUGACAUUUGGUGAGCAAUGCAAUGCAUGGGGUCAUAAAUAUCCACACUUGGAUUAUGUAAAUGAGACCACUAAUUUAUUGCCAAGAGGUCCAGGUUGAUUCUACUUAAA